CUGUUGAUCAUCCCGCAUUCCACCAUCCUUCUCUACAACAAGCAUCGCAUCCUCAUCAACAGGCGUCUGCCAUAAUGGCAAUGCCAGGACGUUCUCCGUCAUACAACGUUCCUGCCAGUCCUCCACGAUCAUUCUCUGGUACGUUCCUGCCACUAUCCUGGUCGCGCGAUGAAACGAAACAUGCGCCUGCGCAUCAUGAUUUCACUUCUGCGGCUCCCAGUCCCCUACACUCACCACAUCCAAUGCAUGGAAUCGCUGCUAACCCUCGAGUCCAGGUUAUCCAGAUCCACGGGAUCCUCCUCCCAUGUACGGACUCCAUUCCCGACCGAUGCUGCCACCAUCCCCACAACAUUUUCCUCCGAGAUUUUCGCAGCCUCCACUACCAGGCCCUUCGCCUGCAAUAGCUGCCAAUAACGGACCGCCACAUCCACCGCAAAAGAGACCGGGAAGCAGUAUGUCGAUAUCUUCGAUGCUAGGCGGCGAACCAGACAGACCAAUACAAGACCAAUACCACAACCAUGGCUCACAUUCGAGGACGCCUUCGCGACAGGCCUCAGGUUCCAUGUCAUUGGGCACUGUCAUGUCACCUCCGCAAUAUACCACAAAACCAAUGGUUGGAGAAUACUCAUACAAGCCUAGGUCCAAGACCCCUGAUAGAUUCGCUGGCCCUGAGACAUCCUUUGGCGCAAGACCCCAUCGUUCGAGUUCAGGUACCAUGACACAGAGGCCCGGACCUUUCUACGAAUCACAGCCGCGGCAGGGGUCUCUACAAGGACCAUAUCCAGAACCAAGAUUUUCGCCCCCUUUCGGGCCUGCUUUGCCGGCAAAGGAUGAGUUCGAUGAUCGGACACGGCGCACAAGCAUUAGUGGUAUUCUUCAGAGGCCUGAGAGUCAGCCACAACCAGACACAACAUCGACAUUCCCUCCAGCACACCAUCCACCCGCCCGUCCCGAAAGUAUCCCCCCGUUGUUUGGGCAGCAUGACCGAUCAGGCCCACCCCAUGUCAACGGCUCUGAUAUCUCACGUCCAAAUGGUCUCGUGGGCUCGUACGAUACUCGUCCUCCAAGCGUACCUAGACCAGCCGAACGACCAGCCCCGCAGUCCUUGUCGCCUGAACUGCGACGGCCACUGUUGAACGGCAAUGAAAGUCGUCCAUAUGCAGCCUUUGGUCAUGUUGGUGAGCCAGCCAUUGGUAGCCAUAACAUGAUGAGACAAGAUUCGGUGCAGUCACAAAGUGAUCGCUCAGUACUGGGGAAUCGCCUGCGAAAUCGACCGUACUCCCCUUUUGCAGGCUCUGUGGCCUCGCAAUCAGGACUGCUGGAUGAUUCCGUUCGAAAAGGUAGUGAUGAGCUGUCCCAGCACAGAGCUAUUCUAGGCCUGGCAACCGAGUCCAAGCGAGGAAGGUAUUCGCCUCUCCCUCAAGCUGUACAAGGUGCUCAGGCACAGACGCCUGUAUUAGACACAGGCAUCAAGACCGAGCAAGGGCGUGUUUUCUCGGGCAUUGGAAGUGGUCUGGGUACAACAUCUGCCAAUCCCACCCCAACGCCACAGCCUCCGUCCGCAAGUCCGUUCAAGCAAAAUGAAGGAGGUGCUCGUCUAAGUGAGGAGAACCUCAUGAAGAUGUCUCGGAGUGCUUCCGGCAUGAGUAAGCGUAAUCGCAAGACCUUCGACGAUGAGGCCCGGGCCGAAAGUGAUGUGGGCGACACCAAGAAGACCGCCACGGGACGUGGGAAGAGGAGCAAAUAUCAGCACUCGUACAAGCUUGAUUUGGAAGAAGCAGCCUUGAGCCAGCGCAAGACCACAUUUGGAACGUCAAAUCAUCUCCGGCGUACCGGUACUCCAACGUCUAAUCCUUCACAACUCACGAAUCAUCCCAUAUCACACCGUCAGUCUUCGCCAGCAGAAAAAGUCCCUCAGUUCAGACCCAAGAAGACCAUCAGGAUAUCUCCGGUCGUUGCUCAAGCCCGACGCAACCCGCGCCGCCAUCUGGGCUUUUACAAAUACGAUCCCGAAGUCACUCCUGUCGAUAUCACCAAAGCCACAAAUCAAAAAUUCGAUGUCUCGAUACGACCCAAUCUUCAACCUGCGUUCACAGAUGCAGAUCACGUCAAUUGUACAUACACUAUACGUGUACCUCGUAUGUGGCUGAGACACAGGGAAAGAGGCUUGAUCUGUGCCGAGCGAUAUUUUUGGGGCUCAGGGAUCUACACCGAUGAUUCUGAUCCAGUUGCCGCUGCCAUGCACUCUGGAUUCAUCUCGUCGGUGCACCCUGCUGGUAUCGAUGAGGCCUUGCUGGAGAAGGUGAUUGAGGAGCAGAACCCCAGAAUCGAGGGCAGUCCUGCCCCAGAAACACCACAACUAGUGGACGAGAAUCGAGAUCUCCAUAUAACACUUCUAGUCCUACCCCAGUUGGAGAGUUACGUCGAGAGUGCUCGCUUCGGAAUCAAGUCGCGCAGUUGGCCUAAUAUCUCUGAGCCAAUGACAUCGUCCCCAGAUUUGCACAACACACCUCACGAUGGUGUAAGUUUCAUGGUCCUGAAAACCGAGUUUGUCGAUGACGGCAUCGAGGUCAAGCGUGUGGGACGUACGGGUAAGGAGAAGCGGGAGAGACUGCGAAGGGAACUGAUGGAGCGCAAGCGAGCCUUGGAGCUGGAGAAGGAGAAACUCGCCAAAGCAGCCAUUCGAGUCAAAGAAAGAAAGGACGCGAUGAGGCGGAAGAAUUAUGCGAAGAAGUCGGGCUUGAGUGCGCUGGAGGACUCGUCGACUGCAGGCAGGAAUGGCACUGGUUCCGGCGAUGACAAGCCGUUGAGUGGUGCGGCUGAACAGGAGAAUGCCCCGGUUGUUCCAAGCGACAAGAGGAUGGAGUUGGAUGUUGGGCAAAGUCCUGGCGAUUGGAUCCGCCAGCUUGCGGUGGCGGCAGCAUAAGAACCAAGGCCAGAGGCCCUUGGAGGAGGAUGAUCUGCAUUUUGUAUCUCUGCUCUUUGGCGUGAUAUGCAACUCCUGUAUGACUGAGCGAAAACGUGCCACUCAAUCGGUGGACGAGUUUAGUGAUUCGAUGCACCGUCACGAUGCAAUGUACAAAUUCUUCUCUUCAGAUCUUCCAGUCCUUCCAG